AUGCUUCCUCCAAUCCCAAAGUUGGCCGACUAUGGAAUCUCUCCAACCCAUGGCUUCCUCCCGGAAGUCCUGCCGUUGACGAGACUCCCCGAUCCCUACUAUAACAAGUGGGAGGCUGUUGUCGCCAACUUGCAGGGCUUGAUCCUCACUAAGCGGUUGCGCGGAGUUGUGGAUCGCCUUCCUGUGCUCUCUACCAUUGGUCUGGAACAUGACGCAGAAUGGCGGAGAGCCUACCUUCUACUCACCUUCAUGGCCCACGGCUACAUUUGGGGCGGUGACAGUCCCAGUGACCGUCUUCCGCCGCCCAUUGCAGUCCCGCUGCUGAAGGUGUGUGAGCGCCUCGAGGUGCCGCCCGUUGCCACCUACUCAUCGCUCUGCUUGUGGAACUUCAAGCCGCUGUUUAUGGACGAAGGCAUCGACAGCCUCGAGAACCUCGCCACUCUGUGCACCUUUACCGGUGCCCUCGACGAAUCAUGGUUCUAUCUCGUCUCGGUAGCCAUGGAAGCCCGCGGCGCACCCAUCGUGCCGCUGAUGCUGACGGCCAUCGCGGCCGCCCGGGACAACGACGUUGCGACUGUUACGGCCUGUCUCCAUUCAUUUGCUGAGCGAUUAGAUGACCUCACCACCCUCAUGCAGCGGAUGCACGAGAAUUGCGACCCCCAGAUCUUUUACCAUCGGAUCCGCCCCUUUUUGGCUGGAAGCAAGAACAUGGCCGAGGCAGGACUGCCAAACGGUGUACUCUACGAGGACCUCUCCGGAAAAGAGACGUACCACCAGUACGCCGGCGGCAGCAACGCGCAGAGCAGCCUGAUCCAAUUCUUCGACAUUGUCCUAGGCAUCGAGCACCGUCCCACGGGAGAAAAAGCCAACCGGGAGCAGCACGACGCGGAGCGCCAGGGCCGCGCACCCCCGCCCAAGCACAACUUCAUCAUGGAGAUGCGCCGCUACAUGCCAGGCCCCCACGCCCGCUUCCUCGGCGACGUGCAGGCGGUGGCCAACAUCCGGGAUUUCGUCGAGCAAAACCAGACCAACCGCUCGCUCUGCGUCGCGUACGACGCGUGCCUCUUCAUGCUCAGCUCCCUGCGCGACAAGCACAUCGCCAUAGUGACGCGGUACAUUGUGCUGCCCAGCAGGGAGGUCCGCGCGCGCAGCCGCAGCCGCAGCCCCGAGGCCACGCGCGCGCGCAAGGUCAAUCUCGCCACGGCGUCCCGCAGCCAGCCGCCGCAGGGCAUUGCCUACGACGCUCGCGGCGCGGCAAAUGCUGCUAGCAAGAAGGGCGGGGAUAAUUUGAAGGGGACCGGCGGGACAGCACUUAUGUCGUUUUUGAAGCAGGCGAGGGACGAGACGGGUGAACCCGCGAUCGAGCAGUGGACGAGACGGUUCAUGAGCCGCCAGCCGAGGACUGAGGGCCAGGGUGACUUCUUCGCUGGUAAGGGAGACGAGGGAGCUGGCGUGCAGGUCCAGGUCCAGACGGAGGAGGUUGAGGUUGCGGGCUUGGCGGGGAAGUGGACGAUGGAUGAGGAUGUGGGUGGGAUUUGCAAUUAUUAG